AGACGCGGAAGGCUGCUUCCGCGGAUAAAGUUUGUGACAUUAGUGUGCGGAAUAGAGAAGGUUCUGUCUCUCCUUCGGCCCAGAUUUCGUUAGGUGCACAACUGUCGAGGACUGAUUCUUAUUUCAGUGAAUUUAGAGGAUUUCAAUGGAUAUUAUAAGGGGAAAUUUAGAUGGAAUUUCACGACCAGCAUCAAAUUCAAGAAUUCAUCCUGAGAGCAGAAGUUCAAGUGCUUCUUUGGAAAUUCUGACACCAGAACCAAUGUCUGUUAAGGUUGAUACUUCAAUCAACUUGAACAGUAGUGGCCAGCAGAGCAAUAGAGAAAAUUACAAUUUCAGGGAAAGUAGCAGCAUUAAUGAUGUUUCCAAAACAAAAGAAUCAGACCUUCAACUUCAGGAAGCUGUUAAAAAGAUGAAGAGACUUGAUAAACUAUUGGUGGAGAAACAAUUUAAAGAAAAAGAAAUUAAAAAGCAAGGCCAAGAAAUGAGAACAAAACUGUGGGAAGGACUUCGGGAGAAAACAUCUAAGACUAUCAAAAAUUUUGAUGCCAUACAGAGCAAUGAGGAGAUAGAAAAUACCAAAAAGUUUGUGACUUUGACCACCUCUUCAGAAGGGACAACUGAUUCUUUUGACGUGGAACAAGAGGAACCCUUCGUUUCUGUGUUUCACACGCAAAUUCCUCCUGAAGAGUAUGAAAACUGUAUUGAGCAAGCAAGGCAAGAGUCUGUAUGUCAAAGUGAAGGUAAUAAAUCAUUGAUCAAACCAGAAAAGAAGUCACAGAGAGAAAAUUAUGGUGAACUCAAGGGUAAAAAAAAUCAGGAUUUCAUUAAGAGAAAUAUAGAGCUGGCCAAGGACUCAAAAAGUUCAGUCUUUAUGAUGGAUAAAGAAAAACGAAGACUGGUUGAAUUACUAAAGGAUAUAGACAAUGGAGAAGAUACACUUCCAAGUACUGAGGACAGUGAAUCUGCCUGGCUUAUGCCAGAAAAAGGAUAUAUGUCUGCAGCACAUAGAGAACGUGAGCAACUAGCUCAGAUAGAUUCCAAACUGCAAGAACGAUUCUUUUUAACUUCCUUGGAGUUAUCCAGUGAUUUUUCAGGAGUGAACAAUCAGACUCAUCAGCAGGAAACUGUUCUUAAUGAUGACACACAAGUGAAAGUGACUCCAGGGGAUAAGGCACUUCGAAACACCAAAGAGCAGCGGUAUGAAAAAAAUCGGCUCAAAGAGAUAGAUCAGCAGCUGAGAGAGUUGGAGGAAGAUAUUGUGAAAACACCAAGAAUUCUGUCCGAGGAACAGCUGAAGACCCUUCUAGAGGAAUGCGUAUUGGAACAAAGAUCAGAAAAAGAGAGCAGAGAUGCUGAUGGAAUACAGCCUGAAUCCAUCCAGCCUUCCAGAUCCUUCAUCUCUCAGUUGCUAAAUAUGUCACCAGCUCUCAGCUGUCCUCAGGUUGAGAAUGAAAAUACCCUUGAAAACAGAGAUUGUGAAAUGCCUGGCUAUUAUCUUACCAAAGCAUUGGGUGGCCAACAUCCCAUAGCAGAAUUUUUGGUAACUGAGACAAAGGAAGAGGAGAGCCCCAGGCCUUCAGGGGUUGUAGCUACUAGUGAAGUAGGUUACUUUAUGUCGAAAACCCUGGGCAUUGGAAGGCUGAAGAGGCCUUCUUUCUUGGAUGAUCCUUUAUACUGUAUCAGCGUGGACAGUAGCCCAUCACCUGAAGAUGAGCAUCUGAAACUGAUUGAUUGUCCCACUGAAAGUGCAUCAAAGCCUGAUGGAUUAACUAUAGAAGACAAGACAGAAGAGGAAGACAGAGACUCCUGA